GAAGAGAGUGGGAUAGGGGGGAUCCAAACUGGUGGGAUCUUGAGGAUCUGGCACCUUACGGUGAGAGCUUGUGUGGGGAGGCGCUGGCCGGGGAGGGCUUGCAGAGCCCCUGUGGAGAAAAGGCGACUGAUGGCUCCUUGCAGAGUGAGGAUUGGACACUUAACAUGGAGAUCUGUGACAUUAUCAACGAGACGGAAGAAGGUCCAAAGGAUGCUAUCCGAGCACUGAAGAAAAGGCUGAAUGGAAACAGAAAUUACAGAGAGGUGAUGCUGGCUCUAACGGUAUUGGAGACCUGUGUGAAAAACUGUGGCCAUCGCUUCCAUGUCCUAGUGGCAAACCGAGACUUCAUAGAUGGUGUUCUGGUGAAAAUCAUCUCACCCAAGAACAAUCCUCCCACCAUUGUACAGGAUAAAGUACUAGCCCUGAUUCAGGCUUGGGCAGAUGCAUUUCGAAGUAGCCCCGACCUAACUGGAGUAGUGCAUAUUUAUGAAGAACUCAAAAGGAAAGGGAUAGAGUUUCCUAUGGCAGAUCUUGAUGCUUUGUCUCCAAUACACACACCACAGAGGAGUGUUCCUGAAGUAGAUCCAGCAGCAAAUAUGCAUGUGUCCCAGUCCCAGCAAAAGACGAGCACGAGUUCCUAUUCAUCCCCAUCUCCUACUGCAUAUCCAGCUCCUCAGGCCCCAUCUCUGAAUGUGACUGGUCCCAUCACUGCCAAUUCUGAGCAGAUCGCCCGGCUGCGUAGUGAACUGGAUAUUGUUCGUGGGAACACAAACGUGAUGUCUGAAAUGUUAACAGAAAUGGUUCCUGGACAGGAGGAUUCAUCGGACCUUGAGUUACUACAGGAAUUGAACCGAACCUGUAGAGCUAUGCAACAGAGGAUUGUGGAACUUAUCUCCCGAGUGUCCAAUGAAGAACUCACGGAGGAACUGCUGCAUGUGAAUGAUGAUUUAAAUAACGUCUUCCUCAGAUAUGAGAGGUUUGAACGGUACAGAUCAGGCCGUUUGGCACAAAGCGCCACUAAUGGAGUGCUGAGUGAAGUGACGGAGGAUAAUUUAAUAGAUCUGGGCCCUGGUUCCCCAGCUGUUGUGAGCCCAAUGGUAGGGAGCACAGCACCUCCAACUUCACUUUCCUCGCAACUUGCAGGGCUUGACUUGGGCACAGACAGCGUCAGUGGAACACUCAGCUCCCUUCAACACUGUAACCCUCGAGAUGACUUUGACAUGUUUGCGCAGACAAGAGGCAGUUCCUUGGCUGACCAACGGAAGAGUGUGACAUAUGAGGAUCCACAGGCUGUUAAAGGACUGGCAUCUGCUCUGGAUGUUCGAAAACAGAACACAGGAGGGAGGAGAGGUAAAGGUGGGAGCUCAGACAUGGAGCCCAUAGACAAGUGGCUAAUUACACAAGGAAUGAUCCCCGUUGCACAGUCCUCUGUCAUGGAUGACAUUGAGGAGUGGCUCAGUACCGACUUGAAAGGAGAAGAACUGGAAGAAGGCGUGACAAGUGAAGAGUUUGACAAAUUUUUAGAAGAACGAGCCAAAGCUGCCGAGACGGUCCCAAAUUUACCUUCUCCUCCACUGGAGGCCCCCACUCCUCCUACGAAUCCUUCAGGCAGGAAGAAGCAGGAGCGCUCAGAGGACGCCCUCUUCGCACUGUAAAGAGCACUCCUGGCGACCAUCCCCGUGCUCUGCAGAAGAAUGUCUCUAUACGGUCACAUUGUCCUCUCACGGUUCUUGGCUACCGUGACCCCCUUGCCCUCCUGGUUUCAUCAAUUGCUUCUCUUGCUUAUCUCUAAAACACCCUCCCCCCCACAGCUGACUUUUGUAUUAAAGGCCAGCUCUGCUCCUGCCAGACCACAGUUCUCCAGCUUAACCUGCCCCCCUCCCAUUCCCAUCCAAGCUGCAUAAGAACAGCUCUGAAUGCUGAAAACCCCUUUAAAACGCAUGAGUUUUUCUUUACCUUGUUGAUGCGAAAGUGUAGAGAGAGCAACCUUGCCUUUGACUUACAUAGGGACCAUCCCCUUCUGCAGGUAGGUGCUUCCAAGUAGGCGGGUCUGAGUGUUAAUCCGCAUGUAAUGGACUGAAACGGAAUGGAAAUGUAUUUGAAUUUUAGAUACAAAUGUCAAGCUAUCAGCUUCUAAUAGGUUUAGACAGCAAAGAACAACAGCUUUUCCCUUUCAACAUGUGCUUCACAAGUUAAAUUUCACCCCCCUGCCCCCAAAUCUCCUAGUACCGCAUGGUGGUUGCUUUUCUCCACUCUGUGGUGCUUCCAGUGUGUAGUCUCUCUGGGUUUUUUUUCUCUGCGUUGAUCUAAGCUUGCUCUGAUUUGAAAGCAAUUUGUUAGCUUUGUCCAGCAGAGCCAUGAAUAGGAAAAUGCUGGGAUAAAUGGCUAUUGUAACACUAGAUAUCAUAUGAAGUAUUUCGCUCAUUGAGGGAGCUUUUCCCCUAUAGUAUUUUGUCUAGAAUGUGUGCCUUUUUGAAACCAUUACAUUUCUCCCUAGCUGGAGAAUACUUCUCCAGUAAUUAGCUCUGAUGGUAAGCAGGCUCUGCCUUCAUCUCCUCAGCUGUUUGAAUAACAUCCAUGCAGCUGGAUGGGACUGAAAGCCGUAAAGGGUGUGACUGGCCACACUGGAAGGGCAUGUUUGCUGAAUGUCCCUGGUAUGCCCUGUAGCACUGGAUGGGUAAAAACAGAAAUGUUAUUAGAGGUGGGUCAUUAGAAAAAGGGGCCAGAGUUGUGAUUUCUUGUAGGAGAUUCCUGGACAAAUGGAUACUGGGGGAAAGAUUUGAAUUGGCACUUCGGCUGUGCAUAUUGGAGAGGCAGUUCUUUAUUUUCCUCCUAGAAGGUUUGGGCUUAAACACUGGCUGGCUGCGGUCCUAUUGUAUGUAAUGUGAAAUAGACGUGGGAUGCCCUUUGCCGUCUCUGCCUCCCUAGUGCUAAGAGGUGCCUGUCCCCUCCCCCCCCAUUUCUACCUGCCUGCAUGCUUGGAUUCUGUUCCCUUUGUUCAUCAGAGGAAUAAACUAACAAUGCUGUCCUCCUUGGAGCUGCCCCAAAGGAUUCUGCAGUGUAUGUUUACCUUGUGGAGACCGGCAUUUCCAGUGUAGUCCUAUGCUACUCUCCCCCACUCCUGCCCCCUCACGUACCCUGCACAGAUUCCUGGGUAGCAAGCCAGUGCAGCAAGAUGGAACAAUAGAGUCCAUACACUUGAGAGCCGAGUUAACAGAGGUGCAGUAUCAGCUAAGCACACUUACACCUUGAAUGCUGUUUCUCCCAACUCACAAGUCAUUGUUCCUGAGGGCAAGAGAAUUUUUAGGCGGCAAACUGCGUUUUGAUUCGGCACGUCAUGACUUCCCUGCGUACUGCGCUGUGUGCGUGCACCACUCUCACCUGCUUUAGACCACACUUCGAACCAUUCUUACAGUACAGUGUUUGAUUUAGCUAAUGCUUCUCUUCCCCAUGCCGGCUCCCUGAAUGUUUAUCUGAAAUUGGUUUUAUUCUGGUCAGUCUCUGUUACCCUGCAUGUGGAGGGUACUUCAGGCUUUGGCUCAGCCGUGAUAUAUGCAUGAAGCAUUGUCAGUCCCCUAAUGGCCCACUGCAGUGUAUUCAUCUAGAGACGCAGCAGAGAAGCAGAAUUGUCCAUGUUGACUCUUACUCUGAAAAACAAAUGUAGCUUGCCACUAAGGGCAAACCUCGGGACAGGACCAUCAGUUAUAGAGGAGAGGGGUAAGCGCCGUCUCAGCCUGCGUUUGUUGGCACAGAACAGCUUGGGUGCUGUUACGAUCUCUGAAACAGGCCAGCUGGGGACGGGGCUGUUCAACAGGGAGUCUUGGAAGAGGAACAAAGUAGGAAUUUGCAAGAGAAUUGUUAGGAGAGCAGGCGAGGAGAGAGACAGAGCAGGGGUUGUCAGUGAUGGCAGCUGAAGGAAUGUGACUUUGUAAGUCUUGCUGGAUAGAAGACCAGGCAAUGUGUGAUUGGUGAAUGGGCUGCCGAGAAGGAUUAUACCAACUUGCUCAAAGAUUUUGGGAGGGUGUGUGGUAUGAUCUCUAGUCAUCCAAGCAGGCAUGGUUUCGUGCCCUUUCAUUCUCCAGCUGCCGCCUCCCUCCCUUGCCCCAGGCAGCCCUUUUCCACUCCCCCUUUUUCUCUCUACCCCUCUCCUUCCGUUGCUUCACCCACCCUUGGUUCAUUCCUCUUCAUUUAGGGGCUGAGAUUGUCCUUCCAAACCCCUGCACUGGUCUAAUGUUCCUUCCCUGCUCUGGAUGUGCCUGUUCUCAGCCAGCCCUGUGCUGUGCAGAAUGUAGGCCUGCCUGCGAGUGGAUUCAGAACUGGUGUCAGGACAUGGAGAUGGUCUGAUCUAAGCAGGGGGAAUGAAACCAUCCUUUGCCUCUUCUCUGCCACCCCACCCCUAACUUAAAAUUCCAGCUGUGAGGGCUAGAUGUGCUGUGCUCGGCUAGAAAUCUGGUUGAGUUACCUGAGGAGGGUAGGGCCAGUGGGAUAGGAUCUUGAGUUACCUGAGGAGGGGAGGGCCAGUGGGAUGGGAUCAUUGUGAGGCUUGGAGAUAAAAUGUAGUGAUAUUGGCAUCACGUGAUAUUGCUAUUGGAGAUCUCCUGUGGAGUCCUCUUCCUCCAGAGAAAGACCGGUAAUCUGCCUGCAGUUGUCCCUCACCUGCAGGGAAAGAAGGGGUUAAACCCCCUCCCCUCUCUACCAUGCAUAAACUAGAGUUGCUUCCUUGGAAAGAGACUGGUCCCUGGGGCAAGAUCUUGUAGAGUUGCUAAUUGGCUGACUGCAGCCUCUGAUAGGGGAAAAAUAAAAUGGAACAAAACAGAUAUGGCUGAGUGGAAAUGUGCUGCGUGUUGCUGAGAGUCAAAGGGCCUCUGAGCUGUGCUGCUAACCUUACUAACCUCAGUCUCUGUGGGUUCCCCUUUGCCAUCUGGUAUUAUCAGGGAAACAGACAUAACGUUGGUUUCAGAGGGCAGCAGGUGUUGCAAGCUAACAUCAGUUAGUUAAUGGAGUGGGCUAGACAUUAGCUAGGAAAAUAUCCCACCUUGGGAGCCAUAGGCGCACAUGUUAGAGGAGGAGAUUGCGGAUAGUGAGUUGCGUUAACUUGUCCUCGUGCUCAGUCUUGCUUCUGGUUGGACUUUUGAUAGAUAAUUUAUCUAAGAACCACCAGUUCGCUUGUGCGCAUUCACCCCUCCUCGCACCACCUAAAGAGCCCUGCUAUCCAGGCAGGUCAGAUCUGGAUCCUAAAACCCUGGGGCCUGACUUGGCGAGCUGAGCACUCAUGAGGGCUGUAGAAGUCAACAGGAGCUGCGAGUGCCCAGAACGUCUGAAAGUCGAGCCCAUGGUCUCUGUUGUAAAUGUCAGAGGUACUGCUGGAGCUUUCCAGUAUCCUGCAUCAGGAUCUCUCCUCUUCUCCAUUCUGUUCAUUGUGAUUUGCAAGAAUGGGAGCAGUUGAAUCCCUUUGAGGAAAGGAAUGGCUUGUUCCAUUUGUCCUUGGAAAAUGGUUACCCAAAUUACUCUUCCACCCCUUUAUUGUAAAUGCUUCCUCUACAGGCAUGAGGAGAGAACUGACAGGGCUCUGGUAUUCAUGGGUGAAGGGGAAGGCCCUGUCUCAGAAGAGCAGCAUGACUCAGCAGAAAGCCUUUCUCAUAGUGUUUAGAAAUCAUAGCUACGUGCUCAGUGACACUAAAUUAUCAUUGGGCUCCAUUGUAAGUUCUAAUGAUACUUUAUUCUAGGUUCUAGUAUUUAUUUUGUCAAGAUAUGGUUUCCAAUGUGUUUUUUAACAUCUGUUAACUCCUUGUGUGCUGAGAUGUAAAAAAUGAAUUGUUUCUAUUUAAAUAUAUCUCUCUUGGGGUUUGUUUUAAAUGUUGCGUGUAGAUUUCAGGUGCAUCUUUGGGGAAUAUAAUAGAUACAAUGUGCUGUACGUACUUUUAGAAUGUUUAACGCGUAUGCGAGGUUCAAGGGAGAAAAAGUUCAUAAAAACUUAGCAUGGUCCCUCUUAAAGGGCAGAGAAUGUAUGUUAAGUGGUUCGAGUUGAACCAUCAUGUAGCCUCCAAUGUCCCUUUCUCCUGCCAACUUUAAUAACCCUGUCCCCCAAAUUACUUUGACCAAAUCAGCUCGGGUGCCAGCAUUUCAGGUUGUUUUACACUUCCAGGCGGAGGGAGUUUUUAAGCUGCUUCUACCUUAAAUGGAGGACUUUACGCAGCCCGACACAGUGAUGAGACUUGGUUUCCUCCAGUGGUGUAGCAGUGGAUCUAGACGGGGGGCUUCCAAAGGCACAGAGGGCGUUAACUGCCCAAGUCCUGUUGGAUUUUAGUGGGAGCUGUGCACCUCCUCGACUCCUGUGGAAGCCCCAGCCAAUGUUACUUGUAUCUGCUGCUUCCCAUUCGCUACUCUUCUGUUUCCACCAGUGAGGAUGGUACGUAUGGUGAUGCUCCCAUGUACCAUUUUCUUUUUUUUUUUUUGGCCUUAUAAAUUCUAGGGCCUCCUGUGUUGUAAGGAUGUGCUGUGGGGCAGGGGUACGCUGGUUGGCUUCAUCCCUGGGCUGAGCUGAUUGAGCUUGGUCUGUAUUUGUUUACCUCCUCAGUACCAAUCCCAAGGCUUGCAGAGGCAGCUCUGGGGGGAAAAAACAAAACUCAGGACAGUUUUUUCAUGGAAAUAAUGAAGUGGCAAUCGGUGGGUAAAUCACAUUCUUCUUGCUGGUAACCCUUUGACUGCCAUAGGCAUCCUGUUGGCAUCUUCCCACUGCCUUUGUCUGACUGGCCCAGUAAAAGAAUGCUGGCAGAAAGCCCCUUUCAAACUGACCCCUGUGCUCACUGUCCACAACUUUCCACACACACAUGGGACUUUAAAACCUCGCCACUCCUAUCCCUGCCUCACACAAGCAGCAGCAGCAAUUGCACUAUCCAUCUGGGCUAAGUGCAAGGCUCUAUUUGACUGCGAGAUGGCUUUACCCACCCAUUGCUCCCUCCUGCUGUCUCCACCUAGUCAAUGGCAAGCAUAUGUCAAAUGCACCCUCCACCCCGCUCUGUGUUUUUAUAAGUGUGAGCUCUCCUUCAUUCUGUAAUGUUGUUAUGAGCUACCAUUAACACUACAAAUGUAACCUGUGUAAUAGCAUCUCUCUGUAUAUUAAAGCUGUAGGCUUUCCAGAUAAAAGUGGAUAAUAUUUAUUUACUGAAGAUAUUGAGUAUUUUUUUGUUUGGGGGAGGGGGUAGGGAAAGGGGACUUAACUGUUAAAAAAUAUUGACUAUGUAAAAACAGAAGAAAUACAUACUAAAUCAAUGUGUUGCCGUCUUUAUGUAGAAAGCCAGUGUGUCUAGGUAAGGAUGAUCCAAGUGUCUUAAUCUACCAUCCUUACAGAAAUCAUCUCUCGUUUGCCUCUUGCAUGUGCAAUACUCACUCCAAUAAAAGCACUACUAGCGUGAACUGUA